AGAAAGUGGAGGAUUUAGAGGGCCUUCAGAGAUUGCAAUAUAUACCUUCUUAACACUUCUCUGCCUGGGUCUGUGUGUCUGGGACUCUGACAAGUCUGCUCUGUUAAACAGAUAAGAGCAGGACCCUGCAGCAAACAUGGCCACUGAGAAAAGACUGUCUGCGAGGCGUAAGCAUACUCUGAAGAGCUGUAUGCUGGUGGUGGCCAAUACCUUGUUGGAUGCUGAGGCCGGAGUAAAGACUGGUGAGAGGGAGAAGUUCCUGGCUGAAAAAUGUCCCCCUGUGGAUAUUCCAUACUCCAAGGAUGAGCUUUUGGAACUUUGCGAGAAAUUUCAUGAGCAGAUUGACAUCAGCGAGGAGGAGAGGUACUCCAUAGAGUUCAAGCUCAACAUGGUGCUCAAUGAGGUCAGAGAUCUCAACAUCAAGAUUGUAGAUCUGAGAGGAAAGUUCAAGAGACCUCGGCUGAAGAAAGUGCGUAUGUCUGCUGAUGCCAUGCUGAAAGCUUUGCUGGGGUCCAAGCACACAGUCAACAUGGAUCUGAGGGCCAACCUGAAGCAGGUCAAGAAGGAGGUGAAAGAGGAGGACAAGCAGCUGCGCGAUGUGGGAGACUGGCGUAAGAACAUUGAAGACAAGUCUGAUAGGAAGAAGAUGUUUGAUAGUUAAAUGCCUGCUGUCACUGAUUAAGGAUUAAGAGUGGUUGUCAGGACAGAAUACUUGUCUCAUGUCUUUGUAAUUGAAGAGUUUUAUUCCAAAAUGCUGCAAAACCCACUUUAACGUUUCCACUAUGGAACAGCAUAGAUGUGACAGCUGUGGAGGUGAUAGUGAUAAACCGUUCGGAUAUGGUACAGUAAGUUAUAAAGGGCCUUAAUCGGAUGAAUCUGAAAAAAUGAAUUAAAUGAAAAGUUUCACUGAAGUACUAUUGAAAAAAAGUAACAUCAUCUGAGGUAGAUGAGGUACAGCUGGGUUAAAGUUUUUUUGUCUGUUUUUUGUUUUGUCAUUUUGGAUUUCACACUUUGGAACAAAACUCUUAAGUUUGAUUUAAACUGCCCUCUCCUUUUAAUGUAUUGUAUCUUCUAACGUCUCUUGGUACACGGCUAGUGAAUCAAACCUGCUUUUGUUCUGAUUCAUACCUCUGCAUCAACAUGUAAAAUGUCUACAAUGUGCCAUCCUUAUAAUAGCACUGUGCUACUGCAUAAUUCACAAGUAGACCCCACUAUUUGGUCGUGAUAAGGCCGUUUGUUUGAGGCUUUAUGCGCAGUUUUGGUUUAAGUUUAUUUAGUUUAAAAUAUUCUGUAUCAGGUUUUUCUUUCACUGAAUGUCUGCCUCUAUGCUUUUGAUGUGUUGUAAGUAAAAGCACUUAAGGCCCAGUUUGAAGAGGGAAAGUGACAAAGCAGUAAGUUAGCAUGAAAAGCUAGCAAUCAUGAAUCAAAUGAUGCAAAUCGCUCUAAACAUGCUAGCUACUGCAGAGGUACUCAGUCCACAGUCUGUACCCAACAACAUCAUGUUAUCUUUCUUUACUAAUCCAAAAUGCCAUGAUCUUAUUCUCAUCUUGUUGCAGUCACAUUAAAUACAAAAGCUUCAUGUUCA